GUUGUUUUAGAUGGCGAAGAAGUACAAAUAGAUAUAUUGGACACAGCCGGUCAAGAAGAUUACGCUGCCAUUCGUGAUAAUUAUUUUCGCAGUGGUGAAGGUUUCCUUUGUGUUUUCUCCAUAACAGAUGAUGAAAGCUUCCAAGCAACACAAGAAUUCAGGGAACAAAUAUUGCGCGUGAAAAAUGACGAAAGCAUACCAUUCCUGUUGGUUGGUAACAAAUGCGAUUUAAAUGACAGGCGCAGAGUUCCACUGAAUGAAUGUCAGACAAGAGCUCAACAAUGGCAGGUGCCAUAUGUGGAAACAUCGGCCAAAACACGUGAAAAUGUCGAUAAGAUAUUUUACGAUCUUAUCAGGGAUAUUUCAACACGUAAAAAACAACGUCAAACUGAGGUACGAGAGCCGACAAAAACCAAAACUCAUUGCUGCCAAUUGCUGUAAUAAAACAUCAUUAUUAAAAAAAACAUAUUUCUUUUUAUUAUUAUUAUUAUUAAUAAUUUUUUAAUUUAAAAUUAAAAUAAACACAAUUUACUAUAUAUUAUUCAU